CGUCCCUCGUUCUCCUCCAUCCAAAGAAACCUCUGGUAUCGCUUCCCUCCUAGUAGAGGGAGAAUGGCCGCCUCCAGCGUAACCCAACUAACUCCCGGAAACCACCGCUACGCCUCCCUCAUCCCAUCUCUUCCCACACGCCCUCCUUCCGUUCUCCUCCUCUCCUCUUCCGGCCCCUUAUCAUCAUCACCAUCAUCUUCUUCUCUCUCCUCAUCUCUAGCUUCCCCUCGCUCCCUUAGAGUCGAAUUCAAGACUUCUUGGAAGAGAAAACCUAAGCCUAAGGCACUGAGAGUGGAUUGCUCGGCUAAGGAGCCGUUGAAGGUGAUGAUUUCUGGGGCUCCUGCGUCGGGAAAAGGCACUCAGUGUCAGAUGAUCGUCGAGAAGUAUGGAUUGGUGCACAUAUCGACAGGAGAUCUUCUAAGAGCUGAAGUAUCACAAGGGACAGAGAUUGGAAAGAAAGCAAAAGAAUACAUGGACAAUGGCAUGCUUGUUCCAGAUGACAUCGUCACAGAUAUGGUGAUAUCAAGGCUAUCACAACGUGAUGUAAAAGAGAAAGGAUGGCUUCUUGAUGGGUUCCCCAGGAGUCCUUCACAAGCACAAAGUCUUGAAAGGAUCGGAAUAAGACCAGACAUAUACAUUGUACUAGAUGUUCCUGAUGAAAUUCUAAUCGACAGAUGUGUUGGAAGAAGGCUGGAUCCUGCAACUGGCAAAAUUUACCAUCUUAAAUACUUUCCUCCAGAAACAGAGGAAGUUUCUGCACGGCUUAUUACUCGUUCUGAUGAUACACAGGAAAAAGUCAAAUCACGUCUUGAGACACACAAACGAAAUGCUGAAGCUGCCUUACCAACAUACUUGGACUUGCUAAAAAGGGUAGAUGGAAAUCGCCCAAAAGAAAUUAUAUUUGAAGAAAUAGACUCCCUAUUGCAGCAGGUUUAUAAUGCCGUAAAUAAUAAGAACUUGGACGAAAUUAAAGGAAAACUGGUUACCAAUCUGAAAGUGACAGCUUCAAACAAGGAUAAUUGGCGAGGGAUUCCUACUCGAUUGAAUAAUAUUCCACACUCGAAGGAAAUAAGGGAAUAUUUCUACUAUGAUGUGCUGCAAGCCACAUGGAAGGCUGUAGAAGAUAAAAGAAGCCGGUUAAAGGUGGAGAUCAACAUUCCUGAACUUAACCCAGAAAUGGAUGUCUACCGAAUAGGUACCCUUAUGGAACUUGUACGAACUCUUGCUCUUUCAUUUGCUGAUGAUGGAAAACGUGUCAAGGUUUGUGUUCAAGGGUCUAUGGGGGAAGGUGCACUUGCUGGUAUGCCAUUGCAGCUUGCCGGAAGUCGAAAAAUUUUGGAAUUUAUGGAUUGGGGUGACCAUGGUGCUAAAGGCACCUUUAUCAACAUUGGCUCCAUAGGUGCUAGAGAGGUCGAUGAACAAGAUGAUAUAUUUAUUCUAGUGGCUCCCCAAAAUGCUGUUGGGAACUGUAUAAUUGAUGAUCUUAAAGCAAUGACAGAUGCAGCUGGUAACCGUCCUGUUAUCCUUGUUAAUCCUCGCCUAAAGGAUUUGCCGGGAUCAAGUGGCAUAAUGCAAACAAUGGGAAGGGACAAGAGAUUGGAGUAUGCUGCAUCAUUUGAAAACUGUUACUGCUUUCGGCUUCUAUAUUAUGCAGGCACACAAUACCCAAUUAUGGGUGCUCUGAGGAUGACUUACCCUUACCGUUACGAACUAUUCAAGAGGGUUGAUGAGCCAUCUGGAAAGGAGAAAUAUGUUGUUAUAGCUACAUUCCCAGAAAAACCAACAGGAGAUGAAAUUAAUGAUGCUUUCCAAGGAAAACCAAGAAACAAAGAGAAAACUACUUCUGGACUCUGGUACCUGUAUGGUGUCGAGGUUCGUUUUGGUACAUGAGCCGAAUUGAUCUAUGCUGGUUUGAACUGAGGUGAACUAUCCUGUGCCACCAAGUACCGGCCUAUAUCAUCUGGUUUUGGGUAGUACCAUGGCUGGGAGAUAAGUGUUGGAGACUUGUCUCGGCAUGGGAUGCAUACCACACUGUACCAACAAUACGGUUCUUGGGGGUUCUUGAGCAGUAUUCUCUGAGCAAGAAAGCGAGUCCUCUUAACACCAUGCAAUUCAGAUGCCUAUGCUGUGAAUAGUAGUGUAAAUGGGCUGAUGAACAGAUAUUAUCUUAUUCUGUUUCCAGAUUUCUUCUCCUUCAGAAAUCUUUUGCAGGGAUCCCUCCCAUAAUUAUGUAAAUUUGUAUUUUAACACUGCUAGAUCUUUCAUGAAAAAGCUACGAUGAGUCAAUGAGGUAGGAGACGAUUGUAUUGUCGUUAGGGAGGAAAAAGGAUCGUACUGUCCUUUAUUUGUAAUGUUUCUGUUUGAUGCUAAUGCAGCUUAGCUGUUUUUCCCAAUUUAAGUCGAUGGUUAUAAUA